UAAAGCCAUUUGAAUUCCAUUGUAAAACAAGAAGAUAAGUUUCGUGUACGUGGGACAUGGCUACUUGGACUAUAAAAUUGAAGAAACUGCUGAAUAGGACUUGCAAGAAUCAGGACUAUCAUUUUACCUGCUAACGAACCCUAAACUAGAAAAAAUCAAAAUAUAUGGCAACCACAACACAACAAUGCAGAACAUGCGGACGAACCAUGGUUAAGAUGCCUGGGUCACAAAAUGAAAUAUGCCCCGUGUGCCAUACCGUCGGCCUUUUCAAACAAAAGCUCAGGGACCGUGUUCUCUUUCAUGUUGGACAAUUUGUUGAUGCAGCAGCAAAUCAGUAUCAUAAGGAGCUGCAAAGACAACCAAGCAGAAUCAUUGGAAGGAGGAGGGCAGUUUUAUGUGGUGUGACCUACAAUGGCCACAGAAAGAAACUUGAAGCCAGUAUCCAUAAUGUUAGAAGUAUGCAACGCUUACUAGUAGGUAAGUUGGGAUUUCCGAACGCUUCCAUUCUCAUCCUUACAGAAGAAGAAUCAGACUGGUCCAGGAUUCCAACAAAACGUAACAUACAAAUGGCAUUACGAUGGCUCAUCCAAGGUUGCCGGUAUGGAGACUCAUUGAUGUUCUACUAUUCAGGGCAUGGUUGUCAAGUACCUGAUAAAGAUGGGGAUGAGAGUGAUGGAUACGAUGAAGCAUUGUGCCCUGUUGACUACAGGGUAGCUGGAAUGAUACUAGACGAUGAAAUCAACGCAACCAUUGUAGCACCACUACCUCAUGGAGUAACACUUCACAGCGUCAUCGACACUUGCUUCAGUGGAACUGUCCUAGAUCUACCUUUCCUUUGCAGGAUUAAUCAGGAUGGACUCUAUAGAUGGGAAGCAGAACACCAGAUAAAAAACAAAGAGACUCGUGGCGGAAAAGCAGUUGGUAUUAGUGCCUGUGCAGAUUACCAGAAUUCAGCAGAUACAUCGGCUUUCACUGGAAAUGCUAUCGGUGCAUUGACUUUUAGCUUCAUCCAAGCUAUCGAAGCCAAUCGCAACCUGACUUAUGGAAGCUUACUUACAUCUAUGCGCAAAAAGGUCCGUCAAGCUCAACAAGUCGUGGGUCGACUUAUGCCAUUUGAAACUUCAAAAUCACAGGAGCCUCAGCUAUCCUCUUCCACGAGAUUCGAGAUCUACUCGGAGCCUUUUAUGCUGUAGGGAAUACACCUAACACGAUUUAAGCUCAAAUGAAUGACGAAUAAUGUAAGAUAUUGUACUGGCUAAUAGUACUAACUUGUGGCAUUGAAGACCAAGCUAGGCUUGCUAAUUUAGGACUUCAAUUCCUUGAGAUACUUUAGUGGUUCUAAGCUUGUGCCUUGUACUUUUUUAUUACCUAUAGUUGACGGAUCGAAGUAAAUUAAAUUCCAAUCCUUCUAGAUCGACAACAGAUAUGACAUGAUUAUACUUCAAAUUA